AUGAGCAGAAACAAAUUCAAUUUAAAGCUUCCGUUGGAUGAAGGUAGGGACAAUGAAGAGCUCAUCAACAUUCUACCAUCGUACCAAAUGUAUCGCAACACCAUUUCAAAAAACUUGACACCCACCAUCGAGGAUUUGAGGCUAGAACCACCAUUGUAUGAUCAGAUUCAACCGUUUCAAUCUGCACCGACAUCACCCGAGCCAGAACUAGACGACGAUAAUCAAGAAACGAUAUUGGAAAACGCACACAGGCUCAAGAGAUUGACAUCGCUCAACAAGGAAGUUGCAAAACUGUUACAUGUCACAAUCCACCUCACAAAGAGCAUUGGAAAACCGGGUGAAACCUACUCCGUUAUUGAUCCCCUUAGUGUUGAAUACAAACAGGGUGAUUCAAUCUACGGAGUAGUGCUAGUCACAAAUAAAACCCAACAACCCAUCCCAUUCGACAUGUUUACAGUGCAGUUAGAAGGAGUGUUGAGCUUUGGCAACUCCAACAAUACCCUAAUGGAUCAGUCACUGCAAACUUUCACGUUUCUAACGAUGUUUGAUUUUAAUGCCUCUUGGAAUGACGGAUUCCUUGAUCGGUUGAAAUCGGAUCACAACAACCCCUACAAAGCUGAUCAUUCUAACUCAUUUGAUCCAUCUGAUAACACAUAUUACCACUUGGAUCCAAAGAAGGUAUUUCAACCUGGUGUUACAUACAAAAAGUUUUUUGCCUUUGUCAUGCCAGAAAGACUUUUGGAAAAUGGAUGUCAAUCUUCUUUGAUAAAGCACUUGCAGGUGCCGCCCACGUUGGGAGUCAGCAAAAGUGAAACCAUUAGCUCCCUAAGACACAAAUGGAAAGGUGAAGCCGAAUCCAAAAAGUAUGCUUCAAUCACAAAUGAUCUUCUGUUUACUGAUGCUUCGAUAAGCUAUGCAGUCAGUGCAAGAGUUAUUGGACGCGCCGGUAACUACAAACAACUUUUGGGUGGUAAUCACAGUAAUCAACUUCUUGGCUCGGACGAGUAUGUUGUUGCAAACGAAGACUACGUGUACAUAAGGGUGAUACCCGUCACACAGCCAGUAUUUUCCCUCAAUCGGGCAAUGAUUAAUCAGGAGGCUAAAUUGUUGUACAGUGGGUUGGUUGAAGAUAUUAAGCAAAAGAUGGCAACUGGAAAAGAGAUGACUCGGCAAGGGCAUGGAUUGGUGCCGUUUUCAAGUAAUGGAAGUGAGCAGGAAACAAAUCUACAUCCAACAUCAAGCUCGGUCGAGCUCUCAAAAAUGCGACAAAUGUACAAAGCAAAGAAGUUGGAUGAGAGCAAGGUGUAUGAGGUGUUUUACCCAAUCAAAAAGAAGCCUGUAUUCGGUGCGUCGAAAGUUGCUGGAAUGCUUGCACUUGCCACGCCAAGGAAGGAGUAUGUGAUGGAAUAUGUCAGUCCACCCAGGUACCCAAACCAUUCUGCAACCACUUUGCAUAUUCCACUCGACAUUGUAUAUGUCAAUGACAAACGAUCAAGCCCUCCGGAAUUUCGCUCCAUUUCGGUUGAGCUAGUAUCGCUCACCGUGAAAUCAAAGAAGCACCCAAUCCCGAUUGUAAUACACCCCGAGAUGCUUUUUGAAAACAAGACUAAAGGAACGAGCCCGUCACAAGAUAAUUUUGAUGUACUCACGAUCAAGCGCUUUCAAAAUUAUGCUCUUCAUCUAUCGAAAUUGAUGAAAGAAGCACCUGAAUUGGAAGUUGAACCAGAAAUGAUCAAGAGUAUAAAAGGAUUGGCUGGUUUGACUACAAAAUAUGUGCAUUUAAAAGUGCAGAACGUUGGAUAUGAAUCGGGUGGGGCUGCUUACGCUUCAGUCAAUUCCAUUCCAUGGGAGAAACAAGUUGUAAACAGUGAGAGCACAACAGAGAGGUUCGAGGACGUCAAAUAUGUCAAACAGUUGAUUAUCACGGCGAAUAUGGGCUCAUUAGAAGUAAGACCCAUGCGUCUUGUUGAUUUUUGUUUGGUUCCUGAUUUUCAAAAUUGUCUUAUUGCGAGAAUAUAUUAUUUAAAGAUUGAUGUGAGAUUGCAAAAUAGUGAAAAGAUCUCAUUGAGAGUACCCGUUAUAUUGCAACGAAGUAAGUAG